AUGAAAGGUCAGAGCAAAAGAUACGUGAACCAAAAAGGUCAAGCCUACGAGAUGGGAGUGAAGAAGAAUGACGAUGUCGGAUUCUUUGAUUUGUGGCGCUAUGCAACAUAUCCAGAGAUCAUCGCAACUAUAUCCUCCGCUCUUUGUGGAUUUCUGUGCUCCGUGGGUCUAGUUGGAGCGGUGCUUAUCUACGGCGAGCUGACCGCCCUUUUUAUUCAGAGGGACCAAGGACACGACCCGCCCUCCGAGCCAUUGAUAUUGGAGCUCUUUGGAGGAGGAAGAAAAGUAAAUGACACUGACAAGAAUGAACACAUGGAUGCAUUGGUGGACGACUCGAUUUCGUUUGCGUUGGCCAGUGUUGCCAUUAUGCUAGUGCAAAUGUGUCUUGCUACGGCUGCCGUGACUUUGGCGAAUUGGGCCGCUGCGAGGAUGAUAGCCCGAAUACGAUGGCGACUCUUACGCGCGGUUUUGAGUCAAGAAACUGCCUUCUUCGACUUAAACACAACUAUGAAUUUCGCUACAACAAUAACAGAAGACACGGACAAGCUAAAAGCAGGUGUGGGGCAGCAGGUGGUAAUGGUGUCAUACCUGGGUGGGAGUGUGAUAUCCGCGGGGAUGGUGGCCAUGCUGUACGGAUGGCAGCUCACUCUGGCCGGGCUGUGUGUGGUGCCCAUCGCUUUGGUCAUUGUCUCGCAGGCUGCUAAGUACCAGACGAAGUAUACAUCAGAAGAAGUGACCUCGUACGGGACAGCGGGUCGUUUGGUGGAACAGGCUUUGGCCGCCAUUCGCACUGUCAGGGCUUAUGCUGGAGAGACCAAGGAGGUGGAUAGCUACAAGUCAGCCCUGCACUUCGCGAGUGCAUCCACCCACAAGCGAUGCCUCUGGACCGGAGCGGGCUCUGGCCUCAGCUGGCUGCUCACCUACGUCCUCAACUCCAUAGUCUUUGCGUACGGAACCGUCCUCUGCGUGAGGGACAUGGACGUGCCCGAUGAUGAGAGGGUCUACCACCCCGGGGUUAUGGUCACUGUUCUCUUCUGCUGUUUCAUGGCUGCCCAAAACACAGCGAUGUGCACGACGCACCUGGAAAUAUUCUCAACAGCGCGUGGCGCGGCCAAGUCCUUGUUCGCUCUACUCGAGCGCAACUCGAGUAUUGACCCUUUACUCGAGACCGGGAUCAAGCCCGAUUCAAUCAAAGGAAAUAUUUCUUUUGAUAAUUUGUAUUUUAAUUAUCCUUCGCGACCGGAUGUCAAGGUCCUCCGAGGGUUAUCUCUGACAAUUAAUCCCGGGGAGACGGUGGCCCUCGUGGGAGGUUCGGGGUGCGGCAAGUCCACUUUGCUGCAACUCUUGCAACGGGCUUACGAGCCGGAAAGUGGGACCGUCAUGGUGGAUGGCCACAGGCUGAAGGAGCUGAACUUGCAUCACUUCCGGAGCAGCAUCGGCGUCGUGGGCCAAGAGCCCGUCCUGUUCAGUGGCACUAUCAGAGACAAUAUAACGCUAGGCGUAGAGGGCGCUACCGAGGAGGACAUCGUCGCCGCUGCUAAAACUGCGCACGCGCAUCAAUUUAUUACGAAGUUGGCCAGUGGCUACGACACGCGACUAGGCGAGGGCGGGGCGCAGUUGUCGGGAGGGCAGAAGCAGCGCGUGGCCAUCGCUCGAGCUCUCAUCCGGAAGCCGGCGCUACUGCUCUUGGACGAGCCCACCUCUGCUUUGGACCCAGCUUCGGAGAGACAGGUCCAAUUAGCAUUGGAUGCUGCGAGCAGAGGACGGACCACGCUUGUUGUCUCACACAGGUUAUCGACAAUAGUUAACGCGUCCCGCAUUGUGUACAUCGAACAAGGCUCAGUUCUCGAAGCUGGCUCACAUCUUGAACUUCUGGAUAAGAAGGGGGCCUACUGGAAACUGGUGCAGGAUGACAUGACUCACAGAAGCGUGGAAAGUAUGCAAGAAGAGAACGUAGACGACGAUGUCGUAGAAGAGAAGAUGGUGAGAGUGAGAAGGAAUAGCAGCGUACGAUCACAUAGAGAGUCGUUUAUGCGCGAGAGUUUCUCCCGUGGUAGUCGCAGAGUCGCUUCGGUGACGUCAUUGCAUCCUCCGCCAGAUCUUAUUCCGCCUCAAGAGUCAACAGAAGAGACCGAGGAGACCAGUGGGCAGGUGUCCAAUUGGGAACUGCUUAAACUAAACUAUGAAGAGUGGCCUCUUCUUCUGACGGGAGGAGUCGCCUCCUUGGUCAUCGGAGCCACGAUGCCAGUCUUCGCCUUACUGCUGUCCAAGCUAUAUGGGAUGUUCUCGUGGCCCGAUCCUGAAGAGAUUCUGCGGCAGUCACAGCUGUACGCCGGCAUGUUCGCCAUAGUGGCGGCCGUCAGCGGUCUGGUUACGUUCCUUCAGACCUGGCUGUUCGGUCUCGCCGGAGCUAGGCUGACGAACAGACUCAGGGUUACCAUGUUCGCUAAUUACUUGCAGCAGGAGCAAGGCUGGUUCGACUCGCCGACGAACUCCGUGGGGGCAUUGUGCGCUCGACUGGCCACCGACUGCGCGGCCGUUCAGGGCGCUACGGGGACUCGCCUGGGCACAAUGCUGCAAGGCGUGAGCACGAUGGUGCUGGGAGUCGGAGUCGCCAUGUUCUAUUCCUGGAAAAUGACGCUCAUCAGCCUGCUGAGUGUGCCCUGUGUGUUAGGUGGCAUCUGCAUCGAGGGUUGGGUGAACAAGAGGUCGGAGGUCAAAGAGCAAGAAGCGAUGGAGGAGGCGUCUCGAAUGGCCACGGAGGCCGUGCUUAACGUCAGGACUGUGCACAGCUUGGGUGUGGAGCGAACGCUUCUGUCGAAGUACCUUCGAGCCCUAGACGAAGCCGAGGCUCGCGCCGGAGUAAGCCGCGGCAUCCGGGGCCUUGUCUACGGACUGUGCCUGUGCGCCCCCACCAUGGGAUACGCCCUUUCCUUGGCCAGUGGAGGGUACUUGAUCGCAAGAGAGGGGCUGAAGUACGAAUACGUCAUACUAGUUUCGGAAGCCCUAAUCUACGGCGCGUGGAUGUUGGCAGAAGCCCUGUCUUUCGCCCCCAACUUUGCGGGAGCCCAGAGGGCUGGAGCCAGAGUGGUGAGGGCUCUGCAGAGGACUCCGCGGGUCAUUAGCGAGUAUAAUGAGCGUGAUGACGAGGACUGGGUCUCCACUGGCAACAUUACCUUAUCGAACGUUCAUUUCGAGUACCCCACGAGGCCACAGCAGCCAGUCCUUCGGGGCCUCGAACUGUCGAUCCCCGCGGGACGGACCGUUGCCCUCGUGGGGCCCUCCGGCUGCGGAAAGAGUACCAUUAUGCAUCUCAUUAUGAGGAAUUAUGACCCCGAGAGUGGGACUGUGAGCCUAGACAAUCGCAACAUAAAGUCAAAGAUAUCCCUGAAGCGUCUUCGGUCGCAACUCGGUCUGGUGCAGCAAGAGCCCGUGAUGUUCGAGAGGAGCAUCAGAGAGAAUAUCGCGUACGGAGACAACGGCAGACAGGUGACCAUGCACGAGGUCAUCUCGGCGGCGAUGAAGGCCAACGUGCACGGAUUUGUCUCUUCUUUACCACUGGGUUACGACACAGUCCUAGAGUCGGGCAGCUCCGCCCUGUCCGGAGGCCAGAAGCAGCGCGUGGCCAUCGCUAGGGCUCUUCUCAGAGACCCCAGGGUGUUGCUGCUGGACGAGGCCACUUCGGCCUUGGACGCCGCCAGUGAGAAGGUGGUCCAAGAAGCUCUGGAGACGGCGUCCGUCGGUAGGACCACCCUCAUCAUCGCUCACAGACUCGCCACCGUCAGGCAUGCGGACAUCAUUUGCGUGCUUGAUAAAGGGGUCGUGGCAGAGAGUGGUUCCCAUGACGACUUAGUGAAGAAGAAAGGCCUCUAUUGGGAGUUACUACAACAGCAGGCACCCAACGAGGCGUCGUAA